CCGCAGCGAGACACAAGGCCCCGCAGGACCACUGAAUGAUAUUAAUGUGCAGGUUAAACCCUGUUUAUGAGCAGGAUUAGAGAGUGCGGGUGAUGUGAUGGUUUGUUUGUGAGGAUCCUUGUACUCAUGGAUUACAGUGAUGGAACUCCGGGACAGUUUAGGGACUUCAGGAAGGAUGACUUUGAGCCUGAUUGGAUUAAGCUGUCAGAAGGCAYAUUUGGUCAGGUGUACCAGGUCAAAAUUAAGCUCCGGCGGGACAAAUGUGCCCUCAAAACUUUUACCACAACUUUGUCCCCCAAAACUUACAGGAAAAUAGCAGAUAAACUGUCCAACACAGCCAAACUAAAAUCCAAAUACGUUACGUCCAUUUACGGACUGUGCAGUGAAGCAAAUGCAGUUGUGAUGGAGUACAUGAGCAAGGGAUCAUUGCAUAAUCUCCUCACCUGUCACACUUUAAUGUGGCCGAAGAAGUUUCAGAUGAUUCAUGAAGUCUCCAUGGGCAUGGAUUUCCUUCACAGCAUGAAACCUCCACUGCUCCAUCUUAACCUUAAAACAUCCAAUAUCCUACUAGAUGAUCGUCUUCAUGCUAAGAUUUCAGAUUUCAGCAUCAUUCAGUGGGAAGAAGGUAUGAAUAAGGAGGUGUUCAUGGAGAGUCUGAUGGCCAGAGGUAACAUUAGCUACGUUCCUCCYGAGACCUUCACUCAGGACCCCGAUCCACCAGGAACUGCAUUUGAUGUUUACAGCUUUGGGAUUGUGAUGUGGGAGAUACUGACGCAGCAGAAACCUUACGCAGGCUGCAGUGUGACAACAGUGAUCUUGCAGACGUCAAAAGGCAAGAGACCCAACCUGGAAACAAUUCCUGAUUGCAGGCCCCAGGAGUGUGAUCAGCUGAUCUGCAUCAUGAAACAAUGCUGGGACAAAGAUCCCUGGAAGAGGCCAACGUUUUCAGACACUGUGAAGAAAAUAGAAGCUUUGAAUGACAGCUCAAAAAUCCAAGGACCAAUUCACUAUCAGAAAAAUGGCYACAUGGAACAGAAAUCUAAUUAUAUGUGUCAGUUCUCCACCAACCAUGAAAUCACAUUGCCUGAGAUGUCAGAUCUUCUGUCAGAUGACCAACAUGGCAACGACAGCAUUCUGUUUCUGCUUUCCAAAAAGGACUUCAGUAGUUUCAGGCAGUCUGUGAAACAAGAGCACGUAGACACACAGUUUGCUGGCCAAAUGAGUCUCCUUCACUACACGGUAGCCAGCGGAGAUUUGGAAAGUGUCAAGCACGUCCUGAAUCUGGGUGCAGAGGUCAACUGUACAACGGCCAGAGGUUACACUCCCCUUAUUGUUGCUGUUCUGCAAAGGCUUUAUGAUAUCAUCGUUUUGCUGUUGGAGCACGGAGCAGAUGCAAUGCAGGGGGACGAAGACCAGUGGACACCGCUACAUUUUGCUGCCCAGAAUGGAGAUGACAGGUCUGUCCGUCUCCUGUUGGACAAAGGAGCUUUGGCAGAUGCUCAGGAAAAAGCAGGAUGGUUGCCGCUCCACCUGGCCUGCCAGAAUGGCCAUGAGACAGUGGUGCGCCUGCUGCUUUCACGGCUGCUGAAGGAGGCUUCUGUAGAUCAAAAGGAGAAACUGGGGAGGACGCCGCUCCACCUUGCUUCCUUCUAUGGAAAUCUUAACAUCGUCAAGCUUCUCCUUGCUCACAAAGCGAAUCCAAAUGCUACCGACAGCUCUCUUUUCACCGCUCUUCAUUUAUCCUCUGAGCAAGGCCACAACCGCAUUGUCAGACAGUUGUUGAAAAGUGGGGUGAACGUUGACAGUGCAGACAGCAGAGGACGCACGCCGCUUCACCUGGCUGCUCUGAACGGUCAUGCAGGUAUAUGCAGACAGCUGCUAACCAAGGGCGCCAACCCAGAAUCAAAGACCCUACAGGAGUGGACUCCUAUGCACCUGGCAGCUCAGAGGGGACACGAAGCUGUCGUGGCACAGUUGGAGAGUCUCGGCGCUCUUGUGAACGCAAAAGGUCAAAGUGGAUGGACUCCGCUACACCUCYCCUGCAACCAGAGUCAGCCAGAGGUGGUGGCAAAACUCCUGUCAGCCAACGCUGACCCAAACAUCAAAGAGGACAGUGAGGGGUGGACACCCCUUCAUAUAGCCUGUAAAAAUCUCUGUUUCCAAAGUGUUCUUCAUCUGGUUUUAUACAAGGCAGAUGUCAAUGCAGUAAACUCUGAAAAGGCCACACCUUUACACCUGGCAGCUCAACAUGGCUGUGUGCCCACCGUCAAGGCUCUGCUGCUGAACGGAGUAGACCGGACACAGCAAGACUCCUCUGGAUUUACAGCUAUAGAUGUAGCGCGACUGUGUGAAAAAUGGGAAAUAGUUGAGCUACUGGAAAAGGACUGAUAACACAACUGAAUGGAGUGAGMUUUUGUAGAAAAGUUAUAAACAUUUUACAUAGGUUCAUACAAAUAAUAGUAUAUAUUUUAAACUUUUACAGUGAUGUCUGUUUAAGGUUAUUCAUAUGUCAAUGUCAAUGUAUUUAUAUAGCACAUAAAACAACAAAGUUUGCCAAAUUCUCUACAAUUCGGCCUGAUGAACAUAAAACAACAGCAACGACAAAGAAACACAGACAUAUUCAAAAUUAAGUUCAGUUAAAAUAAAAUACAAAAAUACAACAUAAAACCAUCAGCUUUAAAGGAAUCUCAAACUCUGCCAGAAUCAAAAGCCAAGGAGUAAAGAUGGGUCUUAAGCAUAGAUCUAAAAGUUUUUACUGUCUCAGUUGUCCGAAUAUUAAAACAUAAACCAUUCCACGGGUUUGGGGCAGGAACAGCAAAAGCCUGAUCACCUCUGAAUUUUAGCUUGGCUUUAGAAACAUCUAAGAAAAACUGGUUGGACGACCAAAGUCCUCAGCGUGAAUAAGAGAUUACAAAAGGUAUGAUGGGGRCAGACCAUUUAAAACUUUAAGAAUAACCAGUAAAAUCAUAAAACUCAUCAAAAAGUGAACAGGAAGUCACUGGAGAGAAGCCAAAACCGGAGACACAAGUUCAUGUUUUUUAGUGUUAAAAGACUAGCUGCUGCAUUUUGGACAACUUGUAAGUGAUGAAGUGAAGAUUUACAUAUAGAUUUUAUGGACGGUUGCUCCUCCAGUGGUGCUUAGGAGUACUUAUAUUGCAAGAGUACCAUAAUAUUUACCAACAAAAAAAAAUACUUUUUCCACAUUUUUAAAGUCAGGCUUUUGAUAUUAUUUUAAAAAAUAUUAUGUAAGUGUUAACAACUCUUACAUUUUAUAGCACUUCAAUAAUUACACUCAAAAACUUAAAUUUAAAGUGACAAUAAAAUCAGUUUGCUUCAAUUUGUCUGCUGAAAACAACUAUGACUUUUUUUAGGUUAAUAUGCUAAAGCCGUGCCAUUUAAGCCUUUUCUUUUAGUAAAAAUGAAAAUAAAUCAUUUAAAAUCUGCUGUUAAAUCUCACAAUAACAUCUCAGUGACACAGGAGGCUGAGCUAACAUAUUGAGGUCAGAAUCAGGUGAAGUAGAUUAUGACAAAACAGUGAUUGUUUUCUUUGAAUUACCUUGCUUGUGUACAUCCCGUGUGUGCUCCUCAUAAAGGAAGGUUGAAAAUAAUAUAAAAAAUGAAUUUUUGUAAUAACUGAGUUUGUUUCAUUUGAUAUAAAAGUCUUUUUUUAAUUUAAUGAUAUAGUUAAACCAAAUUUGACAGCUAUAAAGUAUUUCUUUAUGAAAUUUUCCAUCAUACCAUUGAUUGUCUGUUCAAUGACAAGGCAAGAUAAUCAUCAGUCAUUCCCCACAGAAUGAUGGAAGCACUACAUGACUUUUACCACUCUCAUUUACCACACUGACAUCCUAUUAUAUUGAAAUGAAAUGCAUGGAUUUGGGAGCAGUAUUGACCUGCGUGUUCACCGGCUUUUCCCUGGAAACCAGAAGAGACUGACUCUGAUGGAGAACUGAGGYCUGAACCCAAUCAAAUUACUGUAAAUGAAAAGUGCAGAGGUAAACUGGGCUCAGUCUGUGCUUUGAAUGUUCUUGGUCGCUAAGUGAAAGGUCUACUGUGUUGUGUAAAGUGACAUUUUAUUUAAAAAAUCAUUUAUUUUUACAUGUCUGGACAGCUCAACAACAUGAAAUCAUUAAACCUCUUUCAAAGUUUUACUAAUAAAGUCAAAAAAGACUGCU